ACGACUGAGACUCCAACAGAAAAUCCAACUGUGGCUCCGACAGAAAGGCCAGCUGAAGCACCAUCCGAACAACCACUUGAGGCCCCAGCAGAACAACCACCAGCUGAAGCUCCGGCUGAACAGCCUGCUGAGGCCCUAGCAGAACAGCCUGCUGAGGCCCCAGCAGAACAGCCUGCUGAAGCCCCAGCAGAACAGCCUACCGAGGCUCUAGCAAAUGAGCCCGUUGUUGCACCAGAAGUUCAACCAGCUGAGGCUCCAAUGGAAAAACCAGCUGAAGCAUCAACAGAACAACAAGCAGAAGUUUCAGAAGAGCAACCAGCUGACGCUCCAGAAGAACAACCAGCUGAGACUUCAGUUGAACAACCAGUUGAAGCUCCAGCAGAAAAACCAGAUGGAGCUCCAGAAGAACAACCAGUUGAAGCCCCAGCAGACCAGCCAUUAGAGGCACCAGUAGAAAAACCAGCAGUGGCUCCAGCAGAAAAGCCAGUUGAGACUCCAUCAGAAACACCAUCCAUAGAG